AUGAUUCCUGUGAUGGAAUUCCGCCAGUUCUCGGAGCAGCAGCCGGCUUUCCGAGUUCUGAAGCCGUGGUGGGACGUUUUCACCGACUAUCUAUCUGUCAUUAUGCUCAUGAUUGGUGUGUUUGGAUGCACCCUCCAGGUGAUGCAAGACAAGAUCAUCUGCCUCCCAAACAGAACGUCAUCGUCCCUGGACAACACGAGCGAAGUGGCCGUGAAGCCUUUGCAGCUGCGUUACAACAUCUCAUCCGGGCUGAGAGAAAUGAGCGGCCUGAAGACGGACCUUGACCUUCAGCAGUACAGCUUCAUCAAUCAAAUGUGUUACGAGAAAGUCCUGCACUGGUAUGCCAAGUAUUUCCCUUACUUGGUUCUGAUCCACACUCUCGUCUUCAUGGUGUGCAGCAACUUCUGGUUCAAGUUUCCAGGGUCCAGUUCUAAAAUUGAGCACUUUAUCUCCAUGCUGGGCAAGUGUUUUGACUCUCCGUGGACUACCAGAGCUCUUUCUGAGGUGUCAGGAGAAAACUCAGAAGAAGCUGAUCACAAAAAAAGUGGCACCGUGGCGUCCCCUGGAGGCGUCGGAUUGGAGAAAACGCAGUCAUUGCGUUCAAUCCCGGAAAAAAUUGUAGCUGACAAACCGUCGGCAAGCGUUUUGGAUAAAAAGGAGGGCGAGCAAGCCAAGGCACUCUUCGAGAAGGUGAAGAAAUUCCGCUUGCAUGUGGAGGAGGGUGACAUCCUCUACAUCAUGUACGUGCGGCAGACAGUAUUCAAGGUGUUCAAGUUCCUGCUGAUCAUCAUAUACAAUAGUUGCCUAGUAGAUGAAGUGCGCAACAGAGUUCCCUGCAAGGUGGACAUCCAAGACAUGACAGGCUACAAGGAAUUUGAGUGCAACCACACCAUGGCUCACCUCUUCUCGAAGCUUUCCUACUGCUACCUGUGCUUGGUGGCGGUCUAUGGACUGACCAGCCUUUAUACGUCCUAUUGGCUGUUCUAUCGCUCCCUGAAGGAGUACUCCUUUGAGUAUGUGCGUCAAGAAACGGGUAUCAGUGACAUCCCAGAUGUGAAGAAUGACUUUGCCUUCAUGCUCCAUAUGAUCGACCAGUACGACCCUCUGUACUCCAAGAGGUUUGCCGUGUUCCUGUCUGAGGUUAGCGAAAACAAGCUGAAGCAGCUCAACCUUAACCACGAAUGGACGGCAGAAAAACUGCGUCAGAGACUGCAGGUCAAUGCAAACAACCGGUUGGAGUUGCAGCUUUUCAUGCUUCCGGGCCUGCCCGAUACAGUCUUCGAGCUAAGCGAGCUGCAGUCUCUCAAACUUGAGAUCAUCAACAACGUGAGCGUUCCCGCCUCCGUCUCGCAGCUGGAGAACCUUCAAGAGCUUUCGUUGUAUCAGUGCUCGAUCAAGCUACACACCACGGCUAUGUCCUUCCUCAAAGAGAACCUCAAAGUGCUCCGCGUCAAGUUCGAUGACGGAAGGGAGUUCCCCAGCUGGCUGUACGGCCUCAGGAACCUGGAGGAGCUUCAUCUCGCUGGGUCGCUGUGCUCUGAUGCCUCUAAAAACAUCAUCUUGGAAUCUCUGCGGGAAAUGAAGUGCCUGAAGACGCUCUCGUUAAAGAGCAAUCUGACCAAAAUACCGCAGUCAAUCGUGGACGUGUCCAGUCACUUGCAGCGGCUUUACCUGCACAACGACGGCACCAAGUUGGUGAUGCUGGGGAACCUGAAGAAGAUGACCAACCUGAUUGAGCUGGAGAUGGUGCGCUGUGACCUGGAGCGCAUCCCGCAUGCCAUUUUCAGCCUCACUGGUCUGCAAGAGCUGGACCUGAAGGAGAACAACCUACGCUCCAUCGAAGAGAUUGUUAGCUUCCAGCACCUACGCAAGCUCACCUGCCUUAAGCUGUGGUACAACAGCAUCAUGUAUAUCCCUGAGCACAUUAAAAAAAUGGGCAGUCUGGAGCGCCUCUACUUCAGUCACAACAAGAUUGAGAUCUUACCCUCACACUUGUUCCUGUGCAACAAGCUGCGUUAUCUGGACCUGUGUCAUAAUGACAUCCGCUUCAUCCCACCGGAGAUUGGCGUCCUGCAGAGCCUGCAGUACUUCUCAGUAGCCUGCAACAAAAUAGAGAACCUUCCGGAUGAGCUCUUCUUCUGCAAAAAACUUAAGACUUUGAAACUGGGCAAGAACUCUUUGUGCAUCCUCUCGCCAAAGAUAUCCUACCUCACCCAGCUGACCCACCUGGAGCUUAAGGGGAACCAUUUUGAGGUCCUGCCACAGGAGUUGGGCUGCUGCCGGGCACUUAAGCGCAGUGGCCUGGUGGUCGAGGACGCCCUCUUUGAAACUCUGCCGUCAGAUGUCAGAGACGAAAUGAAGGCAGAGUGA